AUGGUGAAUGUUGAUGAGAUUCGCAAGGCUCAAAGGGCAGAAGGACCUGCCACCAUCAUGGCCAUUGGCACUGCAACUCCAUCAAACUGUGUUGAUCAGAGCACUUACCCUGAUUACUACUUCAGAAUCACUAACAGCGAGCAUAAGACUGAGCUCAAAGAGAAAUUCAAACGCAUGUGUGAAAAGUCUACGAUUAAGAAGCGAUACAUGCAUUUAACAGAGGAGAUCUUAAAAGAGAACCCUAAUCUUUGUGCUUAUAUGGCACCUUCCCUAGAUGCUAGGCAAGACAUGGUGGUGGUGGAGGUACCAAAAUUAGGAAAAGAGGCUGCAACCAAGGCCAUAAAAGAAUGGGGCCAGCCAAAAUCCAAGAUUACACACUUAAUCUUUUGCACCACAAGUGGUGUGGACAUGCCUGGUGCUGAUUACCAACUAACAAAACUCUUAGGACUUCGUCCAUAUGUGAAGAGGUACAUGAUGUACCAACAAGGUUGUUUUGCUGGUAGCACGGUUCUUCGUUUGGCCAAAGACUUAGCUGAAAACAACAAAGGUGCACGUGUGUUAGUUGUUUGCUCAGAAAUCACUGCAGUCACAUUCCGUGGCCCAAGUGAUACACACUUAGAUAGCCUUGUGGGACAAGCAUUGUUUGGAGAUGGAGCAGCUGCACUUAUUGUUGGUUCAGACCCAAUUCAAGAGAUUGAGAAGCCUUUGUUUGAAUUAGUAUGGACUGCACAAACAAUCCUUCCAGAUAGUGAAGGUGCUAUUGAUGGACACCUUCGUGAAGUUGGGUUAACAUUUCAUCUCCUUAAGGAUGUUCCAGGCCUCAUUUCAAAGAACAUUGAGAAAGCUUUGGUUGAAGCCUUUGAACCAUUGGGAAUCUCUGAUUACAACUCAAUCUUUUGGGUUGCACACCCUGGUGGACCAGCAAUUCUAGACCAAGUUGAACUUAAGCUGGGGUUGAAACCUGAGAAGAUGAGGGCCACUAGACAUGUGCUUAGUGAAUAUGGUAACAUGUCAAGUGCUUGUGUGUUGUUUAUAUUGGAUGAGAUGAGGAAGAAAUCAUCUCAAGAUGGGCUUAAAACCACUGGUGAAGGGCUUGAAUGGGGUGUGCUUUUUGGCUUUGGACCUGGUCUCACUGUUGAAACUGUUGUUCUUCGUAGUGUGGCUGCAUAA